UCUGAAAUGUUCAGGUUCACUUCAGUCAUUCUGUACACGAGUCAUGGCUCAGUUGUGUGCGACUUCCGUGCUCAAGUCUGCCUCGGGCAUGGCAAUGCCUGUCUUCGGGUUGGGAACUUGGCAGAGUACUGACGAAGCACUGGAAAAGGCCCUAAAUGCAGCCCUAGAGGCCGGAUAUCGUCUCAUAGACACAGCUGCCCUUUACGCCAAUGAAGCAGUCAUCGGCCGAGUCCUGAGCCAGUGGUUCUCUUCGGGCAAACUUAAACGGGAAGAUUUGUUCAUCACUACAAAGUUAGCGAUCGACUCGAACAGUCCGCAGUAUGUAAGGGAGAGUUUGGAGACGCAACUGAAGCAGCUUCAGCUGGAGUACGUGGACCUGUAUCUGAUACACAUGGCUGUAGGAGUUGUGCAUGGAGAUUCCUUUCUCCAAAAGGGAGGGCCAAGAGUGGACAUGUCAACAGAUAUUUUGGCCUUGUGGAAGGAAAUGGAGAAACAAGUUGACGAAGGACUGACCAAAGCUAUUGGAAUCUCAAACUUCAAUACGAAGCAGAUCGAACGUGUACUAAGUAUAGCCCGAAUACCUCCUGCUAACCUGCAGAUUGAGUUGCAUCUCUACUGCCAGGGCAAGGCAGAGCAGGAGUUCUGCAGGAGCAAAGGGAUCACCCUCACUUCCUAUGCAACGCUUGGAUCUCCAGGCGCACCUCCUGGCGGACUCAACGGGGCGAACUUCAAUCCUCUCCUGGACCCAGUGGUUGCCAGGAUCGCCCAGUCCCACAACAAGAAUCCGGGGCAAAUACUUCUACGCUUUGUCCUUCAGCUGGGUAUCGCCGUCAUCCCGAAAAGUACCAAUCCUGACAGAGUCCGUGAAAACAUGAAGGUCUUUGACUUUGAGUUGACCCCGGCCGAGAUGACGGAACUGAAGGCUCUGGACAAAGGAGAGGAAGGACGCCGGUUUCAUUUCGACUUUUUACGGGCUCAUCCCGAAUAUCCUUACCCUAACUAAAUGUCGUUAAAUAAAUAUCCUUAUUGCAAAGUG